UCAUUACAGUUUCUAGGAAUUUUAUAUCCUAAGCUGGCUAUGGGGAAAUAUGGAAAAUUACACGCAAGAAUUUCUUACGAGUUUCCAUGAAGGCGGAUUAUGUUGCGUUAAUCAACGCUAAGUUUGUAGAUUGUUUUUAACUGACUUCUUUGCAUAUCUCAGGAUCAAACAAUGGUUGUUUUUUUAAAAAGCAAGCCUUGUCAAAGAAUGAAAAUAUAAGAAUAUUCACAAGAUCCUUCAUGUUUAUAUAUAAACAGGAAGACGUAUAACACCAUUUUUGGAAUUUUGUUUUUAACCAACAUAAAUAAUCUGCAUCGGUGAGAACGAUCGAAAUCUAUUUCCGGAAUAAAAAUCGGGAUAGCUCAUUCUAUCACAAUGUGAAUUAUUUUCAGCAUUAUCUGCGUGAUUAUUUUCCGGCUUCUCAAAAUUGUAUGAUAAAAUCGUUAGGAAAUCAUGACCGAUGGUGGAGUAUGCGGAUUUCAAGAAAUUGAUAUCAAGUCUGCACACGCUGUGGUACUUUUGCAGUGUAACACCAGUAUGUUGUACUCACUACCACCUCGUCAAUGGAAGCUGUGAAGAAUGCACAGAGGGGUACUUUGGGAGCAACUGCACGGUGUGUUUCUACCCAUCAUAUGGUUUGUCAUGUCGGUAUAAAUGUGAAUGCGCAAAAUCUUUUUGCGACCACAAAUAUGGAUGUUUAGAAUAUGUCCAGUCAACGACAUCAACAACAGAACAUUUACAACCAACGAUAUCAACAACAGAACAUUUACAAUCAACGGUAUCAACAAACGAAAGGAUUGUCACAAGACAAGAACUUACGUCCUUGGUUACCAAAGGAACAGUGGCAACAUGGACUUCCACGUCAUCAAAACCCAGAACCUUAGUCCAAACCACACCAACCGUGGCUUCUGAUCAUAUAUCAAUGACAUCAGUAAUAAUCAUAAUUGGAAGUAUGUUGUGCUUCUUUCUGUUUCUUAUUGCAGCCAAUCAAAUUCACAGUAAGAUUCAGCGGCAGAGAACUCUGGGUAGGCGGAAGUAUAGAAAGAAGCUUCCGGACUCCCCUAAGGCGGAGGAUGUGUACCAAGUAAUCUCUGAAUCACAUGUUUCUGAAUUGAUAAAUAAAUACGAUGUUGUAUUGGAAAGUCAAUCAGAAAGACUGUCAACUCAAGACGUGAAUUCAGAGUACACUGAUGUUGAUAAUCCUGACCUUACUGAAAAACAUUAUGAUUACACAGAAGAAUAUGACAGUUGCGAAAUUUUAAGGGAAGAAGAAUCGUUCACAGGUGAAAUAAGAUGGAAAGAUGACGAAACUGAUGAAAAGUCCAGCAUUUCUAUACCGAGCGCAUGUGUUCCUGGUACAGUUUACUUAGAGUCUGUUGCACAACAAAACACAUACUUAGAACUUAUUGAUGAGACUUCGAACGGAACCACAGAUCUGCAUGCACAAGAUAAUACUUAUCUUGAUGUCGUGAAUAAAUGAAACACUUUGUGUAUAAUCAUGAAUAGAUAUAUUAAUUCAACUGUUUUAAUAUAAUUUGAAUUUGAAAUAUGCUUUGAAUAUCCAGAUAAAAACACUUAUUAAACUG